CUCCCCUAUGUGCGAGGGGUGUGAAGCUUGAAGGCCUUCUUGAUUUUUCAUUUUUUUUAAAUAAUUUUUACAUAGUGAAAAUUCAUUUUCCGUCUUGUAGAAAAGCUAAAAGUUCUUUUCAAUGGUGAAAAGUAGAUUUCCAAUUUCCAGUAUCUCACAUAUACUUUUGCUUUCGCUCUCUUUUGUGCUUUAAACUUCAUUCUCUUAUUCCCAGCGACGCGUGUUGAAGCCCAACCACUGCCUGGCCACUCCACAGAGGCUGACUAAAUACAUUCUGGAUGUUGUGGCUUCAGUCUCCAAAAGAAUAUCGCCCAAGUUGGUCGUGAAUUUUGAGUGUUCGCGGGACGUUUGUGUUUUUUUUUGGCGGGAUUUACCACCCUCUCGAGCAUGUGGUGAUUUUUUGGUGAUGGGCAAAAUGAUUUAGGGCACAAAUCCACCUUGUUCGGGAUAUCUCUGAGUGCCAAGGAGUGAGAAAGUUUAUCCAGAACAAUAUAAAACACCAAAAAGAACUAAUAUUGCGAGAGCAAAGAAUUUGGUGUAUGUUUGAAGAACGCAACAGAAAUUCGCGCGUGAAUUUCCGUACAAACAUCAACAGAAAAACCAAAUUUAGAAGGAACAGAAAAAAUAAUAAAAAGUGAUAAGAUUAAUCCAAACAUUGUGCGUGAGUGAAAUAUUUUUCUUGAAAACAUACACACUGAUAAAAAAGAGCCAAAAGGAUGAUGGAAUUGUGUAUAUUUAUUGUGUGAAAUAGAGUCAAUUUACUGAAUAAUUAAUUGGUGAUAACGAGAGAGUUGUGGAAGAUUUUAGUGUGCAAAAGUCGCACAAUUUAAGGAGAGGACUAUCAAUUUGACCAUCAUGCAGCUUACGAUAAGAUUUUGGCUGCUGUUUGCAAUGGGUGUCAUAGGUGGUGUCUCGUCGGGGGAUCAGUUGUCCCCCCGGGAAAGAUUGCAGAUGCACAAGGCUUGGCUGGAAAGGAGAGCUGAGAUUAAGAAGGCACAGUUGCAGGAUCAAGAUAAAUCCUCGUACUUCCGCAAAGUCAUUAAAUUCAAGACGGACCGAGAACCAAUUCACUCCAAUGAUAUCAGCUUCAUGCCCAAGCAAGAUUUCGAUCCACCCUCAAUUUAUGAUGAAAGUGAGAGGAACAAGUACGAUGUCUUUGAGGCAGAUAUUAAUAUAACAACCACGACUCAGUCAACAACCACUGAAGUGGCAGAUAAUGAUAAUUUGAGGGUGCAUGAGACACCCAACAGUGUUCAAUUGAGGAAUUCAUAUCACGCCAGGGAAGACCGAAGGGGAGUUAAUUCGGAAUCACAGGAGACGACAACACCUGAAUUCACAACUACUACAACUCAAACACCUCCUCCCAAGGCAGAUUCAGCGAGAAGGGGUAAACCUAAGGAACAUCACAAGCCCAGGAAAGCUGGAAAUGGCAAUGGGUACAGGUACUGGGGUCCAUGGAGCAAUUGGACAGAGUGUUCGAGGUCAUGCGGAGGAGGAAUCAAAAUGCAGUCCAGGGAAUGCAUUGCCAAAGUAUUCAUCAACAAUAAGUACAAUAGGGACAAAUCAAAUGCUGUCAUCGUCCGGAAUAACACUGAAUGCAUUGGUUUGUACAAGAGGUACAAUAUUUGCAAUGAACAGGAGUGUCCCGAAGCUCAGAAAGAUUUUCGCGAACAACAAUGUUCUCAAUUCAAUCACCAAACUUUCCGCGGGAAACAGUACGUUUGGGAGGCAUUUAUCAAAGAGGAUGCCGAGUGUGAAUUGAAUUGUAAGCCUGUUGGACUCAAUUAUUUCGCCACAUUGAACAACACCGUGAUUGAUGGAACGCCAUGCUCGAAGCCGGCAGAGUACUACAGAAGAAACUUCCAGGGACGAGCAGUUUGUGUUGAAGGAAUUUGUAAGAUGGUUCACAACAGUGGCAUCAUCGUUGGAGCCUACAUGAAUAAUGGAGCAGUCCGGUGCGGAAAUUUGAUUUGUCGUCCAAUUUCUGAGAUUUUCACAAAGACUCCUCUGCCCACUGGCUAUGUCCACAUUGCCACAAUUCCGAGUGGUGCUUCCAAUAUUUCCAUCACAGAACAGAAGAAUUCAAUUAAUCUGCUGGUUUUGCGCAAUGAGAAUCAGUCGUCAAUCAUCAAUGGGGACUAUACUGUGUCUUCGAGUGGAAUUUACGUGGCAGCUGGAACGACUUUUGACUAUCGACGCAUUGAUAAUGCCAUUAAUGGUGUUACUGAGUGGAUUACAUCCCUCGGACCAACUGCUGAGCCCAUUCAGUUGAUGGUGCUGGCACAGCAGACAAAUCCAGGCAUCAAAUAUGAGUAUCUUCUGCCCAUAAAUGCACUAACACAGUCGGGCUCUGAAGAGGAUGGCACUGAGAGUGUUUCGGCAGAAACUGAAACUCCCUCCAGGGCUUCCACACUGAAAUCUGGAUCUGAAACUGAGAGUCAUCCCAGAGUUCAUCGCAGGAGGAGGUUUCAGUGGAAGAUCCUGAGGUUCCAACCUUGCAGUAAAACCUGCGGAGGAGGUAUUCAAUUGCCAAUCAUAAAAUGCAUGAGGGAUGGUUCCGUGAAGAUUUCUCCACCGAAGAAAUGCUCUCACUUGGCAAAACCAAAUUUGGCUGAUCAUCAGAUCCGAUGCAACGUGCAGCCUUGUCCGGCACACUGGAAGAUCUAUCCCUGGUCGGAAUGUCAGUGUGAGUCGAAUGGCAGCGACGAGCCCUUCCAGACCCGGGAAGUGCGAUGCGUUCAGGAACUUGCUGGAGACCGAGUGAUUAAGGUGAACAAAGCUGCCUGUCUAGAGGCUCAGCCUGAAACCAAACAAACCUGUGAGUGCUCGAAAUUGGUCAAGCCGCCUCAGCUGGAAGUUCACAAGAAUCACCUAGCGCCACUUUACUAUCAACAUGGGUCAGAAAAUGCCACAACUCCGAGGCACACGAGGAAUCAGCACCAGCACUUGGGCAGGAGACCCUCAGGGAGGAAGGCGGGCGUUUGGCUCGUAUCUGAAUGGACUAACUCUUGUUCCGUGGAUUGCGGAGUUGGAGUUCAGUUCCGGCAGAUCUUCUGCGACAGAUCACCCCCAAAUUCCGAUCGGUGUGAUCUCAAAUUCACUCCGGACAACGUUCAGCAGUGCACUUCAGAAAAGAGAUGCAAUUUCGGUGAAUGGUUUGCUGGGCCCUGGACUGAGUGCUCUGGAGAUUGCUUCAAUCUCACCCGAUCUCGUCAAGUCUUUUGCGUGAGAGACGAAGUGAUAAUUCUAGAUGAGAAUUGCGAUGAGUCCAUAAGACCAAGCACCAUCAAAGUCUGUAAUCUGUCGGAAGUGAAGGAGUGCGGACCUAGAUGGCUGUACUCUGAAUGGACAGAAUGCACAAAGGCUUGCGGAGAAGGAAGUCAGAAGAGAGUUGUGAAGUGCUUUGAGCCAAAUAUCCAACAAAAGCUGAUGCAGGAGUCACAGGACUGUCUGUAUUCGGAAAAACCGAUAGCUUUUCGCAGAUGCAACAGUCAACAGUGCGAUGGCCACGCCACAACAGAACAGUAUUCAGAGCCUCGCGUGGAUCUUGUGCAGAAUGAUGUUGUGCAGGAAUGCAAGGAUGACUUCCCCAACUGUCACUUCCUGAUCCAUCAGACAAGGUUGUGUAGUCACUCCUACUACAGCACUCACUGCUGUCUCACGUGCAGAAAAAUCGAGGAGCAUUAUCACAAUUGAGUCUCUUUAAAACAGAGAAAGGCAUCUUAGAUAGACACAUAGUUUAAUAAUCACAAAUUUGUAUUGUGUUUCAUAUAGAUUUUUUUUGUAAAUUAUUUUUCAAAUGAUUUGCUUCUUUUCGCGCUCAAUAUCCUGCCAUAAUCAGCAUUAAUACAAACACUUCAUUUCUAUCUAUAAA